UCCAGAAAACUCUGUCCUCCGCUGCGGCCUAGCGCUCCCGUUCCCUCUCUUCCGUCACUUUAUUCGCUCAUGUCCAUCUUUCCGAACCCGAACCGAGCGGGAUCCGCUGCCGUAUGAGGGGGUAAAUACGGGACUGUCGAUUUAAACUGAGUUUUGACCCCGAAAGUGAGUGAAAUUACAGUAAACAAAGUGAGGAAGCGAUGACAUCCCGGAGGUGGUUCCAUCCCAACAUUACCGGAGUGGAGGCUGAGAACCUUCUACUCACUCGCGGUGUAGAUGGCAGUUUUCUGGCCCGUCCCAGCAAAAGCAACCCUGGAGACUUCACGCUCUCUGUUAGGCGAAAUGGCGCCGUCACCCACAUUAAGAUCCAGAACACGGGAGACUAUUAUGACUUGUACGGGGGAGAGAAGUUUGCCACGCUAGCUGAGCUGGUGCAGUAUUACAUGGAACACCACGGACAACUGAAAGAGAAAAAUGGAGAUGUCAUUGAGCUCAAGUAUCCGCUCAACUGUGCCGAUCCCACUUCAGAGAGGUGGUUUCAUGGUCAUCUGUCUGGUCGCGAAGCCGAAAAGCUGUUGACUGAGAAGGGCAAGAACGGAAGUUUCCUGGUGAGAGAAAGUCAGAGUCACCCGGGAGAUUUUGUGCUGUCCGUACGGACCGGCGACGACAAGACAGACAGCAGUGAUGGCAAACCUAAAGUCACCCACGUCAUGAUACGCUGCCAGCAUGAUCUGAAGUUUGAUGUUGGUGGUGGAGAGAAAUUCGACUCCCUCACAGAUCUGGUGGAACAUUACAAGAAAAAUCCCAUGGUGGAAACGCUUGGUACAGUCCUGCAGCUCAAACAGCCUCUGAACACUACACGCAUCAACGCCGCAGAGAUCGAGAGUCGGGUGCGAGAGCUCAGCAAGCUGGCAGAGGCCACUGAUAAAGUCAAACAAGGCUUUUGGGAGGAGUUUGAGACGCUUCAACAGCAGGAGUGUAAACUGCUCUACAGUCGCAAAGAGGGACAACGGGCAGAAAACAAGAACAAGAAUCGAUAUAAGAACAUUCUUCCCUUCGACCACACACGAGUCGUACUAGACGACGGCGACUCAAAUGAGCCAGGGUCCGACUACAUCAACGCCAACCUCAUCAUGCCUGAAAUUGAGAACAAGAGCAACAAUUCAAAGUUGAAGCGGAGCUACAUCGCCACACAGGGCUGCCUGCAGAACACCAUCAGUGACUUCUGGAGAAUGGUGUUCCAAGAGAACUCUCGGGUCAUCGUCAUGACAACAAAGGAAGUGGAACGGGGAAAGAGUAAAUGUGUAAAAUAUUGGCCUGACGUGUCCGCUCUGAAAGAGUACGGAGCCAUGCGUGUACGGAACGUUAAGGAGACGUCGGCACAUGAUUACAUUCUACGAGAGCUGAAACUAUCAAAAGUUGGACAGGGAAAUACUGAGCGUACAGUGUGGCAGUAUCAUUUCCGUGCCUGGCCCGAUCACGGUGUGCCCAGUGACCCCGGCGGAGUGCUGGACUUCCUGGAAGAAGUCAAAAUGAAGCAGGAGAGCAUAACAGGGGCUGGACCCAUCGUAGUGCACUGCAGUGCUGGGAUUGGACGAACAGGAACGUUUAUCGUGAUCGACAUCUUAAUAGAUAUCAUCAGAGAAAAGGGUGUUGACUGUGACAUUGACGUGCCCAAAACUAUUCAGAUGGUUCGAUCUCAGCGUUCAGGAAUGGUACAGACAGAAGCGCAGUAUAGAUUCAUCUAUAUGGCCGUGCAACAUUAUAUUGAGACUCUACAGCGCCGUAUAGAGGAGGAACAGAAAAGUAAAAUUAAAGGACGCGAGUACACCAACAUCAAAUAUUCUCUCUCUGACCUCACUGGAGGAGACCAGAGCCCUCUGCCGCCCUGCACACCAACGCCAGCCUGUGCCGAUAUGCGUGAUGACAGUUCUCGAGUGUAUGAGAAUGUGGGACUAAUGCAGCAGCAGAAGAGUCACAGAUGAGAUUAAUAUUCCAGCACUGUUUAUAACACAGGAAGUGAUUGUGUUGUUGCCAGCCGCUCCUGAACGCCCGAGAUGUGACCACGAAUAUACGGAGAAAUGACACACAUAAAAAAAGAAACAAAUCUAGCGAGCGGUCCACACAAGCUCAGAGACAUACGGAUGGAGUGAAUUUAAUGCGUAGCCUUUCAACCCCACUCUCUGAAACCACUGUGACUAUCAUGACGCCUUAUGCUAAAUAAACCCAAAACAGCCCCUGCAAAAUCACAUUCUUUUGGGUGUGGACUUCUCUCAGUUUCACCAGGCUACAUGUGGAAAAGCGUUAGCGUUUUUAAAAAAUCUUUUAAAUCAUCCUCUUUCGUUUUACUUUGCCUUUCUCUUUUAAACAAAGCAAGUAUGCUUUCUGAAAAACAUUAUGAUAUUCUAAUGGAAAUGGGACACGGAGCAUCUGAAAUAAUCAUGUUGUCUUUUACUACUUUUAUCGGGAACAAAACACAAGGGAUUCUCAGCCAUGGAAAGGGAUAUUCUUUAUCUUCGAAUAUUGUUUUAUAUGCAGUAAAAAAUGCAAUAUUGGGCGAAUGUCAUUAAAACAUGUUAAAGUCUUAUUUCAACCCCAAAGCUUAGAAGAAGACAUAAGAAAUUAUAUUUUGCAUUCAGGAAAUUAAGAAGUGUAUAUAUUAGGACCGUUCAGAUUUUAAUUUAAAUAAUUAAAUAAUUAAAUAUAAAUAAUUCCCUCUAUUUCUCGUAACUGUAAUGCGUUAGAAUGUUUAUUAACUUGUGUGCACUGAUUUUUUUUGUUAGUUUUUUCUAAGUAUAUUUGUCUUGUUUUCCAAUAAAAUAUCUAGACGUUCUUAAAACAAGAUACACUUCCUUGAGCAGAAAAAUGACAUAUUAUUUUGUCUUGUUUUCACAGAAAUCUUAACACUUGUAACAAGAAAAAAAUAUUUGCAAAUGAGGUAUAAAAAAAAAAAACCCAUUGGCAAAUAAUUUUUUUCUUGUUUUAAGGAUAAACUCCAUUAAAAAAAAAAGCAUUUUUGCCAUGCAAUUUUUUUUUUUAAAUUAAUUUCCAUUUAUUCUCAAUGGUGAUUCUAAUUAGUCAUUUGUUCUGUUUACAACAAAUACUGCCAUGAUGUAUACAUAUUCUACAAUUUAAAUGAUAUACCGGUACAUCCUUUAUCACAUUACAGUAGCGAGAAUUUAAGGGGGAAAAUUCAUUGCUUCAUUGUCAUGAAAAUAAUGUCACAAAUCUUAAUGGUCCUCCAAAUUGGCUUUAAAGUUUUAAAAUAUAAGCUGGAAAUGCUCUUGACAUGUUUCCUGAGAUUCGCUCUACUAAUCGAAUCUAAUUGAGCCAGUGCCAUUUUAACAGUAGACUAAAUUCAGACUUGAACGAACAAUCCCUUGCAGUAUCAGGUUGAAGAAUUAAUGCUGUCCCAUUGUGUCAUUUUUUUCGUCCUCUGCCUUCACUUAAAGCCCAGCGUCCUUAAGAUUCUGCUCCUCAACAGCAGGGGAACUUCAGUCGGGUCAGGACACCCCGGCUUUUGCCUUUUGUCCCCCUCAAGAGAGAUGUUCUGUGACUGAGGACUUUUUCAUGGGACAUCAUCGUCCUGUCCCUGGCUUGUUUGUGUAACUGAAAUAUUGUUCUGCGUGCAUCGGGCCAUCCUGCAGCUGUCUUUGCUUGGUCACAUACCUGUUUAUUAAUUAUGUUUUCAUUAUAUUUGACUAAAAAAAUUAAUAAAAGCGUAGUACUUGUGCACCGAGCACCGUAUGACAAAAAGUGACUGCACAUUUGUAACCCUGUUGAUUUCAAGCUUGUAAAGAGCAUUGGAUAAGUUAGGGGUUUGAAAAGUGUUAUUAGGGGCCUCUAUUAACAUAUUUUAAUUUUGUUUUUGCCAAGCCAUAAGCCUUUUUUUCUUGCAAUGCUGUCUUCUGAUUUCCUAUUUCUUUUUCUCUUUUAACACUUUAAUAUUUGCUUUCUUCACUAAAACACACUUUUGUCCUUUUGUUGUUUCUUGGUGCGUUCAAUGUCAGCAGUAUUUUGUAACUCAUAUAUUUAAAUGGUUUUCACAAGCGCUUUUAGAAAGUUAAUGCAUCUUUCCUUGUCAUUUCGAACACUCUUGUCAGCGUUUGGCAUCUGCAAAUCAUUCUUGACUUCGUUCACAGCCUUCAUGAAAAAGUGUCUUUGCCAACUUGCAUUAACAUUCAUCAUUUCUAGCCUCGACUUACUUUCUUCUCUCAGAACUACGGCUUUUGAAAAUGGGUAAAAACACACACAAAAAAAAUGCUGAGUUUGUUUACUCACAGGCAGCGAGAACAGCCUUUUAGCCCAGGGGACAUAUGGUGUAUCCGGCAUACUGUUGUGUGUUUAUUGUCCUGAAGAGUGCAAGUGUGUUUGUAUCUGAGAAUACUGCUGUUUGCUCUUUGAAGUCCCCUUCUGUUUCAGCCAUGCUGUUUUUCUUUUCUUUAAGGACCACUCUGUCUCAAUGAUGUAAAUAUUUACACACAACUGUGUGUGUGUGUGUGUGUGUGUGUCAGUGACCAAUUUAAUAUUUUUCUUUCUUUUAAAACUAAAAAAAUAAAUGUCCCAUUACUCUUCGCCAAGCUACACGGAAAGCAAUCUGUCCAAAACAACUGUCAUAAUUUUUUUUUUGUCAUUGUGAAGAAAAGGCAAUGGUUGUUGAACUCAAUGCAAACAAACUAUAUUUUUUAAACUUGUAUAUAGUACAUGAAUAUCUUGUAGAGGAGAAUGUACUUACUAAACGUAUGUAAUUGCCAUUAAGAUAUACUGUAUGUUUAACCCAGCAUCUCUCUCGUGCCAGACAGUUAGCCUUACACAAGCUAAAAGAGUUGAUCGUGUUGUUCGACUAGCAAUGCAAUUAACCAACAUGAAUUCAUACAUAACAAUAAACAAGAAGCU